UCCUCUUCAAACAAGAAAUAUUUAAGUAGUAGCCUAAGAAUAAGUUACCCAGAGAAGAAGGGGAACGGUUCCAUAACACUUUAGAUGGGAAUGAGCUUGACCUGUCAAAAAAAACGAGAAAAGGCUAGUAGUGAAUAUGGGUAAAGUGAUCUGUGAGACAAGAAUGAGGCCAGGCAGGAACCAAAUCAUGAAGAUUCAUCUUAACCAUCUUAAAUCAUUUGAAUAUUUCUUAAGUGUAAUGGCAAGCCCUUCUCAGCUUUCCAGCUUACAAAUGACAUGAUUUUAUUAAACCUUAUAACAAUAUAAAGGGAUGAGCCUGGAUGUAAAGGUAGAAGACUAUUACCAGAAUCUAGAAGAGAGAUUUUUUUUUAGAAGAGAGAUGACAGUGGUUUGCAUGAGCUGGUGAAAAUUUUUAAAAGUUAGAAGAUAGUUAGCAUAUAUUUUUGCAUUCAAAUUUUCCAGUUUGGUGAUAAGUUAGGUACUGAGGAUGAUAGAAUUGAAGGUGCUAAGGAGAAAUGCCAGAUCUCUUAUACAACAAGCUGGGAGAUCAAAAGUGCUAUUCAGUAACAUGUGGAAAAAGAGGAACUUCAUUCUGACAUUAGCUAGUAGAUAGUUUUAUAGGUGAAUUCUCUGAACAAAUAACUAACUUCAAUGAGAAUCAUAAGGUCACACAACUUUAGAAUCAUCUGUUCAAAACUCGAACAUUUACUUGUAAGCAAACACUCCAAGUUCACUUAGAUAAAAAAAAAAAUGCAGCUAUGAGCUCAUCACCAUAAAAGAAACUGCAACAAAUACCAGAUUACCUGACUGGAAUAUUUUCUAUCUAUUUAUAUUUCAAUUAUUAAAAUAAACUCCCUCCAUUUGUUUAUUUUUGUAUUUCAUUAAAUCACCUAGUCUGUGUUGACAAGUUAUUUUUUCUUCUUCUUCUUCCCUUCUAUUUCUCUUUCUUUUUCUUCUUCUCCUCUUCCUCUUCAUUUCCUUCCACCUCCUCCUCCUCCUUCAUUUUCUUCUCAAUUUAGGAUUUAGGCAUUGUAGGACUAUGGAUCAAAACAAUUAUAGUUCUCUACAUGGUUUUAUUCUGCUUGUCUUUUCUGAUCAUCCCAAACUGGAGACGGCCCUGUCAGGAGUUUUCACCAUCUUCUACUUAAUUACCUUGGUAGGUAACACAGCCAUCAUUCUUGCAUCUCUCCUGGAUUCCCAUCUGCACACACCAAUGUAUUUUUUCCUCAGGAAUUUAUCUUUCCUCGACCUGUGUUUCACUACCAUUGUACCUCAGAUCCUGGUUAACUUGUGGGGACCUAUUAAGACCAUCACCUUUGUGGGCUGUGUCAUUCAACUAUAUGUUUAUAUGUGGUUGGGCUCCACUGAGUGCCUUCUCCUGGCUGUUAUGUCCUAUGAUCGUUUUAUAGCUAUUUGUAAACCCUUGCAUUAUUUAGUAAUCAUGAACCCACAUCUAUGCCUCAAGAUGGUUAUCAUGGUAUGGAGUAUUAGUUUGGCCUGUUCUCUAGUAUUAUGUACACUUACCAUGAAUUUACCUAGAUGUGGAAACAACAUUUUAAAUCAUUUCUUGUGUGAAUUGCCAGCUAUGAUAAAAAUAGCAUGCGUAGACACAACAGCAGUUGAAAUGUCUGUUUUUGCUUUGGGUAUUAUCUUUGUCCUUACACCCCUCUUCCUUAUUCUUAUAUCCUAUGGUUACAUUGCCCGAGCUGUGCUGAGAAUGAAGUCCAAAGCAGGCCAACGAAAAGCAGUUAAUACUUGUGGAUCUCAUGUCACUGUGGUGUCCAUCUUCUAUGGAACCAUCAUCUACAUGUACCUGCAGCCAGGUAACAGUUCCUCCAAAGACCAGGGCAAGUUCCUCACCCUCUUUUAUAGCACCCUCACUCCAAGUCUCAACCCCCUCAUCUACACCUUGAGGAAUAAAGACAUGAAAGAUGCACUGAAGAAACUCAUAAGAGUUGCCUAUGAAUCUACAAAAAUGAAGAGGAAAUGGAAGUCAUAG